AUGCAAACAAAUUAUCUUUUAUCAAUUUUAUUAGUUUUAUGCACUCUUUUAUCUUUUGCUUAUGCUAGUGGAAGUACUUCAAAUUCAACUGGUUUAGUUGGUGGAAUUUUAUUCACAGCUUUUGGUUUAUCAAUUUUCUCAAGAUUAAUACAAAGAAUUGCUCCAAACUUUGUAUUUUCAUUAUUACCAUAUCACUCUGUUUCUUGUUAA